AUGGCUAGCACCUACAAGCCAAAGAACAUUCUUAUCACAGGUGCAGCAGGUUUCAUUGCAUCGCAUGUAUGCAACAGAAUAGUUCAUAACUACCCCGAUUACAAAAUUGUUGUUCUUGACAAGCUUGAUUACUGUUCAAAUCUGAAGAACCUUAUUCCUUCACGUUCAUCUCCAAAUUUCAAGUUCAUCAAGGGAGACAUUGGAAGUGCUGACUUGGUCAACUACAUUCUUCUCACUGAGUCUAUUGAUACCAUAAUGCACUUUGCAGCACAAACUCAUGUUGAUAACUCUUUUGGUAACAGCUUUGAGUUCACUAAAAACAACAUUUAUGGCACACAUGUUCUUCUAGAAGCUUGCAAAGUCUCUGGUGGUCAAGUGAAGAGGUUUAUUCAUGUGAGCACUGAUGAGGUUUAUGGUGAGACAGAAGAGGAUGCAGUUGUGGGAAACCAUGAGGCUUCUCAGCUAUUACCAACCAAUCCAUAUUCUGCCACAAAAGCUGGUGCUGAAAUGCUUGUAAUGGCAUAUGGUAGAUCAUAUGGAUUGCCUGUUAUAACCACCAGAGGGAACAAUGUUUAUGGGCCUAAUCAGUUUCCUGAAAAGUUGAUACCAAAAUUUUUGCUCUUAGCCAUGAAGGGAAGGACUCUUCCAAUUCACGGUGAUGGGUCUAAUGUUAGGAGUUAUCUCUAUUGUGAAGAUGUUGCUGAGGCUUUUGAGAUCAUUCUCCACAGGGGUGAGGUUGGACAUGUUUAUAACAUUGGGACAAAGAAGGAAAGAAGAGUGAUUGAUGUGGCUAGGGACAUAUGUAGGCUUUUUAAUUUGGAUCCUGAUACACAUGUAAAGUUUGUGGAGAAUAGGCCUUUCAAUGAUCAAAGGUACUUCUUGGAUGAUGAGAAGCUGAAGAAUUUGGGGUGGUUUGAAAACACUACUUGGGAAGAGGGUCUAAGAAAAACCAUGGAUUGGUAUGUUAAGAAUCCGGAUUGGUGGGGCGAUGUUUCUGGUGCUUUGCUUCCUCAUCCAAGAAUGCUCACUAUGCCAGGAAUUGAGAAGUACUAUGAUGGCACUGAUGUGACCAAAAAUUCUUCCAAUCUUGAUCAGAAUACAGUGGUGGUGCCAACUAUGAGGAACAAAAAUGUGUCACCAUACAAGCCUUCUUUGAAGUUCUUGAUAUAUGGUGGUGCAGGGUGGAUUGGAGGGCUUCUAGGAAACAUUUGUGAGAAGCAAGGGAUACCCUUUGAGUAUGGUACAGGGGGUUUGGGUGACAGAUCACAAAUCUUGGUUGACAUUAGGACCAUUAAACCAACUCAUGUUUUCAAUGCCUCUAGUGUUAGUGGUGCACUAAAUGUGAAAUGGUUUGAAGCUCAUAAACCAGAAACCAUACAUGCCAUUGUUAGUGUGUUAACGUUGGCAGAUGUUUGUAGAGAGCAUGGUCUCCCCAUGAUGAAUUAUGCCUUUGGUGGUAAUUUUGAAGUCACAACAAAUUCCACUGAUUCUUUCUAUUUUAAGACACAAGCCAAGGUUGAAGAGUUUCUAAAGGAAUAUGAAAAUGUGUGCACCUUGAGAAUCCAAUUGCCAGUGUCAUCUGAUCUCAGCAACCCACAUAACUUCAUCACUAAGAUAACAAGGUCAGAUAAAGUGGCUAACAUUCCAAACAGCAUCACUGUUUUGGAUGAGCUUCUACCUAUUUCAAUUGAGAUGGCUAAAAGGAAUUGUAGGGGCAUUUGGAACUUCACAAAUCCUGGUAUUGUGACAUGCAAUGAGAUUCUUGAAAUGUACAAGAAUUAUGUUGACCCUAGUUUUAUGUGGGUUAAUUUUACACUUGAACAACAGGCUCAUUUCCAUUCUCCAAGCACUAAUGAAAUUGAUGCAUCAAAAUUGAAGGAGGAAUUUCCUGAGCUGUUGCCAAUCAAGGACUCAUUGGUUAAACAUGUCUUUGAACCAAAAAGGAAAAACUUAGGUUAUUGA